AUGAUAUUUGCCGCAGUCUGCAAACUCCGGAGCCCACAGCCCCCGCCAUCACAGAGCGAGCUCUCUGCUGACCGAGCCCACGAGCUUCGGGCUGAAAAAGCUGAUUGUUUAGCCCAGAAGCUCCAGGCCAAAGAAGCCCGGAUAGCCCGCCAGGCUAUCAACCGGGCCCGCAAACAGCUCCGUAGAGCUGGAAUUGAGGCCCGGAAGCAGGAACGCCUCCGGAAAAAGAGGGUGGCAUUCUACACUAAUGCCAGCCUCCCAAUUCCUCUAGAGUGGGAGGACCCAAUUCCUGACCCGGAAGCCUCUGAAAGUGAGGGCGAGGAGGAGUAUGAGAUUGCGGGCGAGUGUGGGAGCGAGCGUGGGAGUGAGGAUGGGAGCGAGCGUGGGAGUCAAAGUGAUAAUUCAAUAGAGUAG